GGUUGCCAUACGCGCACUGACACACACUCACGCACACAUCUACACUCCCUUGCAGAUACACACACAAACGCGCCAAGACGCACAAGCUCGGGCUAUUGAAGUGAACGCGCCUUGAGAGGAGGACCAGUGAACGCACCAUCAGCACCAGAGGAAGAGAGCCGCGCGCGCCCUUGCACCUGUACGCAGAUAAAGAGCGCAGGUUCGCUCGCUCGUGCGUCCACGAAGAUGGUUUGAAAGUAAAGCGCGUGGGUUUUUUCUCGUUCUUCCGCCUCCAACCCGCUGUGAAGAGCGCAAGCAGAGACUCGUCAUGUUGACGCGGCUGUUCAGUGACCCCUCGCUGCUUCCGGAGGUCCAGAAGUUUCCCGCCUGGGCGGAGGACAGCGAUGGAGAGGAUCACAAACUGAAGGAGGAGGACCAGGACGCGCAGGACGACAUGGACUCCUCUGAUCUGAGAGGAGACAGCCGGACGCACUCCGAGCACGCGGGGGAAGACGACGAGGACACCGAGGUGGAGGAAGAGGACGACGAGGAGGACACAGAGGGGGACAGGCCCAAGAAAAGGGGCCCCAAAAAGCGCAAGAUGACCCAGGCCCGGAUCGAGCGCUCCAGGCUGCGGCGGAUCAAAGCCAACGCCAGGGAGCGGACCCGCAUGCACGACCUGAACUCUGCGCUCGACAAUCUGCGUAAAGUGGUGCCCUGCUACUCCAAAACGCAAAAACUGUCCAAAAUCGAGACGCUGCGUCUGGCAAAGAACUACAUCUGGGCCCUGUCAGAGAUCCUGCGCUCUGGGAAGAGGCCCGAGCUCGUGUCCUACGUGCAGACGCUGUGCAAGGGUCUCUCCCAGCCCACCACCAACCUGGUGGCGGGGUGCCUGCAGCUCAACUCGCGCAACUUCCUGACGGAGCAGCAGUGCCAGGAGGGGGGCAGGUACGGCUCCGGCUCAUUCUCCAUGCAUUCUUACCCGUACCAGUGCGCGCGCCUGUCCAGCCCCCACUGCCAGCCUGGCUCGAACUCGCUGAGGUCGCACGGUUAUUGCUCGGCCUACGACUCCCUGUACGGGGGGGGCGGCUCCCCGGAGUACAACAGCCCGGAGUACGAGGGGCCCCUCAGUCCGCCCUUGUGCAUCAAUGGCAACUUUUCCCUGAAGCACCAAGGCUCCGCGUCCCCCGACAACGAGAAGGGGUAUUACUCUAUGCAUUACUCUGGCCUGCCUGGCUCCAGGCCCGCCGGGGCCCACAACCUGGUGUUUGGCUCCUCGGGGGCCCGGAGCGGCAUUCACUCUGAAAACGUCCUGCCUUACCACGACAUGCACUUACACCACGAGCGGGCCCCCGUGUACGACGAGCUGAACGCGUUUUUUCACAGUUAAACGUGCGUCACCAACAAUCUCUCCACCGCACACUUUUUGGACUUUACGCACCAGGAUCGAAUGGCAUUCUGGGAAAUCUCUCACUCUUCGUUGUCGUUGGUGUUUUUGUUUUUCCUUUAAGCUGUUUUGUUCUAGUCAGGGAUGGGUAACACAAUUUACGCACAGCCCUGUUUUGCGCAAUAAAAGCUGUCCAUCCUCUGAAGGUGACGCAAAUGUGUGAAGGAAUCACAAACGAGGACGAGACGCUUUCAAAAUGUUGAUAUUUUUGUGGUUUGUUUGUGGUUGUUUGCGUUCUGACUGCAGAGUUUACACUUUUGGAUUUACGCAGAUCUGCGUCGCUACAGAGCGCAAACCUGAAGGAUUUCUGGAAGAAAUUCAAAAUGUCACCAUGCACGAGUCAAGCGAAGAUGCAAUAUUCAGAUGUGAAGAAUAAAAAAAGACGAAUGAGCUGAAAGAAAAACUGAACUCAGAAUAUUUUUAGCUUGUUUAGUUAUUU